ACUUCACCCAAAAAAAAAAAAAAAACCUUGCAAAAACAUAGAAGAAUCCAAAAAAUAAAAUAAAAUAAAAGAUUCUAACUUCUCGUGAUUCCGUUUGGCGAGCUUUAUAAGCAUCAGAUUCGACGGCGAAUCCUAACUGUAUGUAAAGGCGCCAAAAUCCCAACUUCAAAUCCCUGAUUUUGUCCCCCGAAAAAAAAAAAAAAAUGAAAAAAAAAAAACUCAAAAUUCCUACUAAAACCCUAGCUCAAUUCUCAGCUCAAAUCCCUGAAACCACUCACACCAAAAGUUAUUCUUCUACUAAAUCUCUGUUUCCUACUCCAAAACCCUUUUGAAUUCUCAGCUCUCUUUCUCACAUUCUCUUUUCCCCUAACAAAAUUCCCCCACCUACUAAUUAUUUCCGUACGGUUUAAUCUCUGUUAGUUCACCGUUUUUGGCUUUCCAGUGUUUCUUCUUAGCUCAAUCUUUAACCCUAGAAAAAAAAACCCAUUUACUACUUUGAAUUCUACUGCAUUCUUCUUCUUCUUCUACCUGCAUGUCAAAACCCUAACCCUUGCGAGCUAACUGGUCUCUUUUGACCACUGAAAUUCUAGAUUUUUUAUCAUAAUUCUUGGAUCUAAUAAGAACUUUAAGCGUUGAAGAAGACUAAGAAUUGUGAGAACUUUUCACCAUUUUUGGCCUCCCCGAUGUCUUCGAAACGAUCUAGAAUUGUACGGUCUUCGAGCCAGGGGGAGAUAGGGUUGUUCUCUCAAAUCCAGCCGAUCGAACCGCCGGCGGGUCCUUGGGUCCCGAAGCGGCCGGCUUUUGCCAAACCGGUUCAAGAACAGUCCAAGAACUCGGUUCUGUCUACUACCGCCGUACCGGAAUCGUCUCGAGAAAAGUACGUCGAGAACGGGAAUUCGAUUGCCGUUGAUGGACAAAAGCAACAGAGUAUCCUGACGCUUUAUUCAUCGGCUGAUGAGAGUAACGAUAGUGGGUUCAAGAAGCAGAAGAAUCAGCCCAACGAAGAGUUCGGAGCUUUUCUCAAAGCUUGUUCCUUGUGCAAGAAGAAGCUCAAGGUAGACGACGACCUCUUCAUGUAUGGAUACCUCCGUGCAUUUUGUUCACCUGAGUGCCGAGAUGAUCAGAUUGCUUUAGAUGGGUAUGACAGGGAAGCUGCUUUAGAGUACGCAAGGAGACUCGAAGAGUGGCAGGAAACCACCAAUGGAAAAAACCCUUUUGACAAGGGUUUUGCUCCCUAGCUUUCUAAUUGUAGAGAGAGAUGCACAGCUGUUGAAUUUUUUGCAGUCAGCUUGCACUUUUAUGUAGGAAGAAACUAAUCUCACACAAAUCGUUUUGGUAAGCCUUUAUCCAAUUCUAGUUAUUUUUAUUUUUUUUCACCAACAGAAACGAUUUUUAGUUGCUUCUAAUUGGGAUUCUGUUUUCUCAUUUGACUAAAGAAAAAGGGGUUUCUGUUUUUCCUUUAUUACUGUUAGAUAUGUAUAAAUUUUUCAGCCCCAUGAUUCUUUAAGAUAUUUAUACAUUAUCUUUGCUAAUAGUUUUGUUAAUAACUACGGUGCAUAUCAAUAAACAUUUUCCUUUGCAUCUGGGCCAA